AGGUGUGCCAAGCUUGUAGCGUCAUACCCAAGAAGACUCAAGGCUGUAAUCGAUGCCAAUGGUGCUUCAACAAAGUACUGAGUAAAGGGUCUGAAUACUUGUGUUAAUGUGAUAUUUCAGUUUAGCUUUUUUCAAUUUGCAAUAAAAAAACGUUUUUACUUUUAUUGUGUGUAGAUUGAUGAGGGGGAAAACUAUUGAAUCAAUUUUAGAAUAAGGCUGUAAUGUAAAAAAAUUUUGUAAAAAUUCAAGGGGUCUGAAUACUUCCGAAUACGCUGCACAUAGAGUUACAUUUCUUUUAAUUUAAAGAUUGAUUCACCCUUUUUCCUUCAUUUUUGAGUUUGCAUGUUAUAGCUUUUUUCUUCUAAGAAUGUGACAGAAACCUGACUGGGGCAUAUGCUUUUUAACAUGCUAAUAAAUGUCACAACACUGCUGUCUGUUUAAAAAAACCACAAAUAAAAAAAGCUGAGACUGCUGUUUUGUAAAUAGACAACACACUAGGACGUGGCAUGAAACUUAUGUCCUGUAUACAUGACUGUCUAGGAUUUGUGAUUACCUUGUCUUCAUUUUUACAUUGUCUUCAAUGACAUGUUUUCUUUUUGAUUUCAAACCACACGUUUGAUUAGUUUGUUCAUGGUAUAAGAUAUUCUGUAUGUAAUGGGCAUUUAGACAAUCUUGUUCAGUGACAUUUCCCACCUGUACCUUUACUUGAUGUUGACUUAUUCAGCUUGGUCUACAUGCACAGAGAUACAUCAAUUCACACCAAAACAACUUAAACAACACAGGGACAUAACCUUGACUUAGCUUACAUGAGAUAAGGAAGUGAGACUCAGAAAGCACAAGUGUCAAGGAAAGUAAAUCGCCAGCCACUUCUUGUUAAACCACAGAAAAUGCGUUGUUGAACGAAACUUUCUAGGAAACACGUAUUGUCAAACCUCAUCUAAUAUGGAAGCAAACUAUUGUAAGAUAAGCACAAGAGGCUGGAAAAAGCCCAAAGCAGUGCCCCUAAAUCAUGUAAAAGAUUAAGUGCCUUGCUCAAGGGCACAACGGCAGCAGGCCGCACAUGAUGUUCUGAUGCCAGCAACUCUAUGGCUGCCGGCACAGUCACACCAAAUUUCCCCAUCAGCCCUGAAAUUCAAACCGGCAACACUUCGGUUACCAGCCUACUCCUUCUUCUACUACAGACAUAACCCACACAAGGACUACUUCCAGGAAUAAAAGUUACGGAAUUGACUUUCUAAGAUGUUUAAGAUGUACUCUAUUCAUUUGUGUCUUUCCAUCUGAAAAGCAGAUCAAAGCAGCAUCUACAUGCGUGACAGAUAUCUGUAUGUUUGGUGAUGUUUCCCUCACCCACACUCAUUCCCAGACAUUUAGUUAGGGGGCCAUUACAGGAAACCCACAUUUACACCUCAGCCUGCUCAAUGCAGCAAUGCAAAGAAAUAGUUAUCUAGAGCACACCUUACUAGAAAAAAGUAGUUGCAGUCAUUGGUACAAAAGAAUAGAGUAGAGAAAAAGAGUAGUUUCCCAGCCAGGCUGUUUCAACCAGCACACACGUUAUCACCAGAGGGAAGGUUACAGCAUUCAACCUGUACAUCAGAAAAGAAGAUAUUGGGUAAGAUGAACACAACCGAGGCCACCAGCACAGACAAUUACUAUGGCAACUAUGAAAGCCCUUGUAGCACUGGCACCAGUCUAACCCAAGGGUCCAACUACCAGCCCAUUCUCUUCUACCUGGUGUUCACCCUGGGUCUGACAGGCAACAGUCUGGUGCUCUGGGUCCUCCUCAAGUACAUGAAACUGAAGACAAUGACAGACAUCUGUCUGCUGAACCUAGCACUAUCUGACCUGCUCCUCGCCCUUUCCCUGCCUCUCUGGGCCUACCGCGCCCAGGGUCAUUGGUUUGAAAGGGACAGUCCGUGUAAGAUCAUGGCUGGUGCCUACCAGGUGGGCUUCUACAGCAGCAUCCUUUUUGUGACCCUGAUGAGUGUGGAUCGCUACCUGGCCAUCGUUCACGCCGUGGCCGCCAUGAGGGCCAGGACGCUGCGCUACGGAGCGCUGGCGAGCAUCAUCGUCUGGGUAGCGUCCAUCAGCGCUGCUCUCCCUGAGGCCAUCUUCGUAGCGGUGGUGAGGGAGAAUGACGAGAACAGUGGUACAAGUUGCCAGCUGAUUUACCCAGAUAACACAGAGAAGACAUGGAAGUUGUUACGGAAUUUUGGUGAAAACGGAGUGGGGCUCGUCCUAUGUCUGCCCAUAGUGGUCUUUUGUUACAUCUGUAUUCUCACUGUACUACAGAGGUUAAGGAACUCCAAAAAAGACAGGGCCAUGAAACUGAUAUUUGCCAUCGUGGGUGUGUUUGUAGUCUCCUGGGUCCCUUACAACGUUGUGGUUUUCCUCCAGACCCUUCAGAUGUUUGGCAUUGGGAAUAGCUGUGAGGCUUCAACACAGCUUGAUACAGCUAUGGAGGUGACAGAAACCAUAGCUCUGGCUCACUGCUGUGUCAACCCAGUCAUCUACGCUUUUGUAGGAGAGAAAUUCAGAAAGUGUUUGGGCACUGUGCUCUCUAGAUAUCCGCUGUGUAAGAAGCUCAGCAAACAUGCAAUGGUGAGCAGCAGAGGAUCAGAAAACGAGACUUCUAACACACCUGUGUGAUUGUACUGCUGAAAGACAAUACUUUCAUUGCUGAAAAUCUAUUUGAUGCAUUUUCAUUGACAAAAAACACUUCAGUUGGAAAGCAGCAAGUAGAGCAGAAGACCAAUUUCUGUGUCGUAUGGAAUAAUGAAGUAUUCUUCUGAACACAGACUUGCAUAUAAAUGAAGUGUAACUGUAUAAUAUUUAACUUUAAAUGUAUUUUGAUGAGCUCUGACUAUUUGUUUAAGGGCUGUUUAUGUUUUGAUUACACAUGUAUUUCAUGUACAGUACAAGCCUGCACACAUUUUUGCUAUAACAUAAUAUCAAUAUGUUUUGCAUAGAGAUUAUCUCAAUUUCUAUUCUUAUUGUAUGCACAUGUUUUUGUUAUAACAUUAAAACACAACCAGGGGCAGGGUUGUGGCCAGAGGACUGCUGCUGGAUGGCCGGUGGCUAUCUGGCUACUCAUUGGCUACAUUUGCUGGCCAAAUAUUAUUUUGGUAGAAUUUUGACCCUCUUUUGAUUGAGGACCUGUUUUGGUAUUAACUUGAACUUGGACAUCAAAUCAGGAAUUUGACCUUUUGAAUUAUUUUGAACUUUGUUGGCUGAGUAGGUAUUUGUGUUCCUUUCGGGAGGGUUUUCUCAAUAAAUAAGCCUGUGCAUUUUGUUGUACUGAAACAUAUUUGUUCUGCAUUGUGUUGUCAUUUUAUGCUGCUGCUGUACCCCCUAUAAUCCAAUCUGCACCACAAUAUAUUUUAUUCAGUUGAAGAUGCUAAAUUCAAAGAUGAGACAGACAACAAUCCUGCUAUAUCUGUCAAUAGGUUCAAAUAUUCUUUACAGUAGGUUUACUUAGAAUUGUUUGGAUCCAGAAAACACACAUAUCAAUCUAUUAUAUAUCAAUGUAUUGUAAUUGUUCAAAGACAGGAAGUAUAUCAGCAGUCACCAUAUUUUGACAAUUGAAUGCUAGCAAUGAUGCUAGAACUAAUGCAUCUCUCAGUCAUGACACAAAAUUUGUUCCGUCUUCAGCUUACCACUUCUCAGUAAAGUUAGUUGCCUGAGCACCACUAUGAGUUUGCAUCAUCUACAGGAUAUCCUGCUUGGUGGUGAACAUGUCUGCAGCACAGAUCAAGCUUUUAUGAGAAGUGGCACUCCCCUGUUCAAAAAAGACAAUACAUUAAUGAUCUUGAAAAAGGGUCCACAGUGUUCAAUAAACUAAACCUGCAGCAUGGAUUCCUCCAGCUUCCUGUAGUGUUCCAAGCAUUCAUGAUGCACAGGGGAUGUGCAGGUACAAAUGCAUGCCAUUUGGACUUAAAUCUGAACUCAGCUAUGCAGUAUAGUUUG